AUGUCUGAUACCGAGCAGAACAACACCCCCAAAGAGGAAAAGACCGACAACACCCACAUCAACCUUAAGGUUUCUGAUGGAUCUGCUGAGAUCUUCUUCAAGAUCAAGAGAUCGACUCCUAUGAAGAGAUUGAUGGAAGCCUUUUGCAAGAGACAAGGCAAAGACUUAAGUUCGUUGAGAUUCUUGAUUGACGGAACCAGAAUAUACCCCAACAACACUCCAGACGAGUUAGAGUUGGAAGAUGGAGACACUAUAGAAGCCCAUCGUGAACAGACAGGGGGUUCGUAUUAG